AACACUUGUAGUGUUUGUUGGAAGUGAAAGCGAAGAGGAGUAGAAUUAAUAAAACCUUGGAAGUAAAAUCAGAUUCGAAACUCAAUUCCAUUUCACACGUGUGUACUUUCGCGCGUGUGCUUCGCUUCGUUCCUAUCGUCAUGACUUCCAUUUCCGGAUCUCAAUCGGGAGGCAAAAUGGUUCGUCUCCGCCGUACCGCCGCCGCGAGAAACCGCACUCCGUACACCCGACCCGUUCCAUCACCGUCUCAGCCUCAGCCUCAAAGCCCUAAUUGGCUUUCGCGUUUCGUUAUCUCUCCUACUCGUUUCAUUGCUUCUGGUGCCGGGAAGAUUUUGUCCUCUGUUUUGGAUCUUGAAUCUUCACCUGGUUCUUCCUCAUCGGCUACUCUUUCUUCCUCUUCCUCUUCUUCGUAUGCUGAUACCAACGCUGAGGAAGUUGGUGAUCUUGAUGAUGUAAGUUACGGCCAUUUUGAAGGUGAAGUUGCAUUAAACGAGGGUGGGACAUCAGAACCUAUUAAUUUAUCGGGGAAGGAGAUCCAGCCAUUAGCUGCAAAUAGCAAAAGCAAGCAUACCAUUGAGCAGCUACUUAUGCAGGAGUCAUUCUCAAGGGAAGAAGGUGAUAGGUUGAUUAAAAUAAUAAGAUCAAGAGUUGUGGACUCUCCUGCAAAUGAUGAUGUGGUUACGAGACCAAGGGAUAUAUCGAACAUGACUCUUGCAAGUGGCUCACCUGAACUCUGUAGCGCUGCUGUUAUGGAGGCAAAGAAAUGGCUGCUGGAAAAGAAGUCUGGAGUAGGUUCAAAUUCUGAUUUAGGUUAUGGAAGUCAUAGUUUGAGUUUGAUUGCAUUACCACAAGCUCCUGAAGAUGAAGGAUCACCAGUUGAUGUGGCUAAGUCAUAUAUGCGUGCACGCCCUCCAUGGGCAUCUCCUUCUGUAGACCAUACUAAGCCUUCAACACUGUCCGGAAUUCAGCUUUUUAAAGAAGAAACACCACAUCUAUUUGGUGGCAAUUCUACAGCAUCCUUGAAUAAGUAUAAAAGGGAUUCUUCUGCUACCGGGUCAUGGAGUAUUCAGGAUGAGAUAAGAAGAGUUAGAUCCAGGGCAACAGAGGAGAUGCUUAGAACACUUCCUUCCUCAAAAAUUGAUUGGUCUGCAUAUGCUGUAGAGAAUAAAAGUAAUGUCAACUCAUCUGCAAUUGAAAAUAUUGGAACUAGUUUGGGAGAUAAAGUACAUAGUUUUACGAACUUAGUUGAUACAUCUGCAAACUUAGCCAGGGGAUUGGGUUCUCAGAACUCUCCAGAUUUGCAGAGUAAACCGGAUAGGCACCAACCUGAAUCUGUAUUGCCCGAUCCAUCUAAUAAUAUUCCUGAACAGAAUCAGGGAUUUGUAGCUGUUCAGAAAACCAAAGGUACCCAAGAUGACUGCAAAAAAUUAACUACAGUACUAAGAGAUGGGUCCUCAGAUGAUAUACACAGGGAUGUUAAUGGCAUCAAUGACACAGACAAGUCUAAGCAUCAAUCAGACCCAGUUGAAGAAACUAAGGAAGUUUCAAAUUCUAGAUUACAAGAUGGAAAUCUUUCAGAAUUCAAAGAGAAGGUUGAAGCAGAAGAUGCAUUAGCAAAUGGAUUCCCCUCUUUAGGUCCCAGUGUCUAUGCAGGGAAGGUCACUGAACAGAACUCAAAAAUAUCGAAUAACGAACCAAGUACAGUCGAUUCAAGUCAGGAAAGGAUAGCUCAGGGUGUUCUUGAGCAAGAGACUUGUAAAAUGUCGCACGGAUCUACUGAGGUGCCGGAGGUGUGUGUAGACGGUACUGUUGCUUCCAAAGAUGAUGGUGUUGCCACCGGUUCGCAGUCGCAGAACAGCUCCAGUGUACAGUACGAGGUUCAACAGAACAUUUCUCAGCCAGGUUCAGAAUCAGGUUUGGUAGCCACACCGACUAGUAUUGCUAAACAAAAGGGUAAAAGAUUGACCAGAUACAACAGAAGGGGUAGCAAAGGUAUCAAAUGAUGCCAGUUGUAUUUUGUAUGUUAAAUUGUAAGUUACCGUUAGCUUGAGAAUAGGGAUUAUGCAGGCCAUUUGUCGAGGUUAAUAAUGUUCACAAAUGAGUCUACAUCAACUUAGGCAGUAUUUUUUAGUUCAGUUGCUUCUUGUUCUUUGUUUGGUGACUACGUCAGCUCGGGAAAUUGAAUGUAUUAUCUGUAAAAAUAGUUUAGAGACAUGGAACUUUUUCUUUUCCUAUUUAACUAAUUGACAUGGAUCUGCAUGCACAAGCAUGUGCAACUUGAAUGGUAAAACUGGCCCUUGACAGUCAGGCUCCUCCAUCACAAGCCAACAAAGAUGCAGGCGUGGGCGGUUAGAACACGCACCUUCACCGGGCAACAGAAGGUAUAGAUGAUAAUAAUAUGUAAGGAUGCUUGUUUGUGUGUGAUGAAAAUAAUGUGUAAGGGUGUUUGUAUUUGUGUAUUAUGGUGAAUGGUCGCUUGAUUUAAUUGUAUUAUUUAUUAUUAUUA